AGAAGAAAGAAGCUGAAAAGCGAACUCAGAGAAUAAGAGAAAAUGAUUGUAUGCAUCUGUACAGAGUGGCCAGAGAAAUGGAACGCCCACAUGACGUAAUCACCAGGACACUGGCCAAGAAAACUUUUAAGCAAAGGAUGAAGAGAAAAGAAAAAUACAAUGAACUUUUUGAGGAGGAUCUGGAGGAAGAUCUCAAGAAAGGACUUGGAAAUGACUGGAACCUGCUGAUAGAAUCUCUUCUAAAUGACCAAAACAGUGGACAGUCUGAAGGUCCUAGCAAGUCACUCAAGGUGAGUGACCGCAAAUGUAACAUGAACAAGCUUAAUUCAUUUUAUAAUGAUGAUUUGGUAGCUUUUGUGAAGAAGGUUACUCCAUUAAGCAACCAGGAAUUGAAGGAUCUCAAGAAGGAGUAUAAAAAAGAGAACUCUGACACCCUGGAAAGUGAUAUCUCUAAGAGGUACAGAAACCCACUGAAGAGAUUUCUCUUGGCUCUUGUAAAAGAUGGCAAGAAAGGGCAUAAAUAUCAGGAAGAUUCUGAGAGGGAUGCUGUGGACAUGUUUGUGCCUGCAGAAGAAAGAUGGACAUCAAGCAGCAGCAAAUUCAUCCAGCUGGUGGGAGACAAAAAUGCCAAAUAUAUGAAGAGAGGCAAGCCAGCAACAAAGCAUGUGCAAGAGGAAUGCACCAAAAGUUAUGCUGAGGUCGUCAAUGCAUACAUCAAUAGCAUUGGGACAGCUCAGACAGAGCAUGCAGACAAUCUGUACAAGAAUUUGGACCCAACAAAUCCAGUGUUUGUGAAAACUGUGGUUGCAAAGUCAGAGAAUGACAUGCCUAAAAUUAGAAAGGAGUACAAGAAAAAGUAUGGAAGAGAACUUGCUGAAGACCUUGAAAAUGAAAGUAACCACACAACAGUGGGAGUUCUGAAAGCAAUUAUAAUGAAGGACCCUCCGAAAGUGAAG